AUGAUAAAAUCUGAUGAUUUAAAUGGCACAUUUGAUAUAUCAGGUGAUUACAACAGUUUUUACAUUGGAAACAUAUUUAGUGAAAUUCAAGAUGAAAUAAAAAAUUCAUGUAUCAAUGAAGAUUUGAAAAAAGAAAAUUCCUCAGAAUAUAACAAAAAAAUAAUUAAUAUAAAUACAGAUAAUAACGUCACUAACAAAAUAAAUAUAGAAGUAUAUAUAAAUUUUAUAAAUGAUAAAAAAAAUGAAUACAAAAAAAAGAAAAAGGAAUAUGUUAUUGAAUAUAUUAAUAAAAGAAAAAUAAAAAAAUUUCAUUACAAAGAUAUGGAAGCUUUAUUUAAAAAAUAUUCUCAAUUUUUAGAUUUUGAAGAAAAAUGUUUAUUAUGUAAUAAUUAUUUAUCAUUAUCAUAUUUAUAUUUUAAUAAAAAUUUAAAUGAAAAAAAAAAUAAUGAAAGAAAAUUUAAAUAUGAAAAUAUUUUAAAUUUUUGUGUGUGUUUGGAAAAAAUUGAAUACUCAAAACAUUAUGUAAGUAAUAAAGAGGAUUAUAGUUACAUUGACAUGAUUCACUUAUUUAAACAAAACACGUCGUUUUCUAUUAAUAACAAAAAAAAUAUUAUUAUAAAAGAAUUUAUUAAAAAUUUGAAAUUUACAGAAUUUCAUAAAUUUAAUUCUUGUAAUGAAAAUUAUUAUAAUACAUUUCCUAUAAAAAAUUAUUAUAUAGAUACAAAAUAUAUAAAUAUAAAUAGAUACAUUAAAAAGCCCAAAUUAACAAUAGAAGAUGUAAAAUCAUUAAAUAGUCACACAGAAAAUUUUACUCCUAUUUUUAAAAUUCAUAAUGAUAAUACUCUUUUAACUAGGGUUGAAAAGGAAUUAUUAAUAGAGUGUCUAAAAGUUAUUAAAAAGAUAUAUUUUUAUAAUAAAAUGGAUAAAUUGACUGCAAUCAUUUUUUGUUAUCUAAGUAAUUUAUAUAACAUUGUUAUGAGGUUAAAUGUUGAAUGCAUCUUGAGUUGCUACUCACAAAAGCAUCUUGAAUUUUUCUUAUACUGUUUCUUUCAAAAGAACAGAUUUCCGGUUAAAAGAAUGAACAAGUUAGCUAUAAAAGUUUACAGAAACAAGGAUGAACAUGAUGAUAAAAAUAAAGAUGAACAUUUCUAA